AUGGGGAAAGGCGGCGCGGCCGUCGCCGCGCAGAAGAAGCGUGAUGAGUCCUACACGGUGGCUGAGCCCGCGGCGAGCGGGUCGCUGAAGCGGGUAAGUCCCCCACCGCCGUGCAUCCCGGCGCCGAACGAGGACUUCGGCUCGUUCGGGCCCCCGUUUCCAUCCAUAUUAGGUCGAACGACGAACGCGUCCCUGACCAUCCCCGCGCUCUGCCUCUCGCUCCCGCAGCCGAAGUUUCGCCCCCAACCUCCUGAACCGGAGCAAGCGAGCUACCCCGCGAACAUCAUGUUCGACAGACGCGUCGUUCGCGGGAGCACGUACGCCACGCACGUCGUCUCCGCGCCGGCGCCCGAGGAGAGCGUGACGAUGAAUCGACGACCGGCGCGACCGCGGAUGAAACCCCCGCGAACGCCCGAACCCGUGGAAGGGCGCAGACACAUGGACAUCCAGACGGACGCGUACCUCGAGGAGCUCAUGGACACCGUGCCCGAGGCUGAGGUGAUGACGCAGACGGACGCGUUCAUGGAUCGCCCGCCCACUCCGCUCUUCGUCCCGAUGAAGAUCGGCGUGGACGUGGAGACCCAGAUCGAGGCGGGGGAGCUGUUCGACUUUAACUUUGAAGUCGAACCGAUACUCGAGGUGCUCGUCGGUAAGACGCUCGAACAAGGUCUCAUGGAGGUGAUGCAGGAGGAGGAGCUCGCGGCGAUGCGAGCGCACCAGGAGCACUUUGAGCAGCUCAGAAACGCGGAGCUCGUCGCGACGCAACGCAUGGAGGCGGCGGAGAAGAGGAAGUUCGAGGAGAAGGAACGCCGCAUCGCGCAGGAACGAGAGCGUCUCGAGAGAGAGCGAGCCACGAAAGAGAAGGUUGCCGCGGCGACGUUCGCGCGCGGGUACGUCUCCGGAUUACUGGGGAGCGUCUUCGACCGCCUGCACGACUCUGGGUUCUUCUACGACCCCGUGCAGAGAGAGAUCGAGAACGAGUUCAUGCCCUGGCUCACGGACACCGUCGUCGCGGAGUGUUCCACCGCGGCAAUUUCCAGGCGGUGCGUCAGCGACAUCAUCGCGAAGGCGAUCAAGGAUGGGAUCGCGGCCAGGGAAGCGGGCGUGGCGCGCUUGAAGAAGGAAGCCGAGGAAGCCGCGGCGGCCGCCGCGGCGGCGGUCGCGGCGGAGGAGGCGAAGGCGCUCGCCCUGGAAAAGGAAAAGGAAGAAGCAGCGGAGCUCACGUUGAAGUUGUUCUCGGAACAGGAUCCGCCUCUGAUCACGGAGGAAUCUCUCGCGGAAGCGAAAGCCGCGCUCAUGCCUCCGCCGGAGGAGGGUGAGGAACCCGCGGAGGGCGAGGAACCUGCCGAGCCCGCGGAGGGCGAAGAGGCGAAGGAGGGUGAACCCGCGGAUGACGAAGAGCCCGCGGCCGCGCCUGAACCACCCCCAGAACCCACGGCUGUGGAGAUACUCACCUAUUUCUUGGACAACGGGGCGGUCACCGAGGAGCAAAUCGCGAAAGCCCUGGCGGAGUACACGCCGCCGGAGGAGGAGGAACCCGAGGAGGCGGAGGCAGAGGCGGAGGCGAGUGCGCCAGCUGCAGAAGAAGCCCCCGCGGCCUGA